AUGCUAUACGGACGCCCGGAGUCAAUUAUUCAGGUAAUCGUCAGGAAAGUGCGUUCACUACCACCCCCAAGCAUUGAAAGACUGGAUACUGUAAUUCAAUUUGCGCUAAGCGUAGACAAUCUCGUGGCGACAGUCGAGGCUUGUGAAAUAAGAGAUUUUAUGUACAACGCAUCAUUGAGGUACGAACUGGUAGAAAGGCUACCACCAACCCUAAAGCUGGAUUGGGCAAAAAACUCUCGUAAUAACCCUACUCCUAACCUUCUGGACUUCAGUUCGUGGUUACGCUUCGUUGCAGAAGACGCCUGUGCCGUUUCGAUUUCCGCAGGAAGCGACCUCGUUAGAAUGACCAAGAGAGAUGGAUACUUGAAUUUUCAUUCAGAAGAGAAUCUUCAAUCAGUAAGAAAACCAGAGUUUGGUCAAGUAAAAAACAAACCACUCGCUUCAAAUAAAAUUGUCAAAGAAUGCCUCGGCUGCAAGGGAAGUUGUCCAACCUUAGCCCAGUGUAAACGGUUCAAGGAGCUUAGUUACGACUCUAAAUGGGCGGUAAUACGAGAGUUCAGCCUGUGUCGAAAAUGCUUAAGAAAGCACAAGGGCCCAUGCAAACACAAUAAGGAGUGCGGUACUGACGGGUGCUCCUACCGGCACCAUCCUCUUCUACACUGUGAGGGAAGGCAAUACACGCGUCCAUCUCCUACUUCGAUGACAAUUCCUCCGCCAGUAAGAGGAAAUCAACGUAAUAAUACCAGCUGCAACGUCCACCUGGGACAGUCUGAAAUUUUACUAAGAAUAGUCCCAGUCCUCCUUCACGAUCCAUCAAAGACGCUUCGAACUUACGCCUUUUUGGACGAUGGAUCAGAACUCACGCUGAUGGAGCAAAGUUUGGCCGACGAGUUAGGGGUGCAAGGACCCCUGAAAUCCCUAUGCCUGCGAUGGACUGGAGGCACUACAAGAACGGAGGAUCUGUCUCAAAAAGUUAGUUUCCAAAUUUCGAGCGUUGCUAAUCCCUGUAAGAAAUUUCCGUUGUCCGAAGUGCAUACUGUCGGAAACCUGCAACUCCGCUCUCAGACGCUACUAGUACCCGAGAUGCGAGAAAAAUAUCGUUAUCUGGAAGGUCUACCACUUGAGUCAUACGAAGAAGUAAGCCCACGUCUUUUGAUUGGGCUGGAUCAUGCAAUACUGGGCAACGUAACGAAAUGUCGAGAAGGUAAGCCGAGCGAGCCUAUAGCAGUCAAGACUCGAUUAGGAUGGAUGGUUUACGGGUGUUGCUCCAGGGAUGUGAAUUCAUACAGUCAACUAAAUCACCACAGUGUCCAGCGAUGUCAAUGUGACAACAAAUCCAACGAGGAUCUACACGAGGCCAUGAAGCAGUACUUCUCAAUGGAAAGUCUCGGAAUCAGUAAGCCAAAUAAACUGCUGCUAUCCAAAGACGACCAAAGGGCGAAUGAGCUUUUGCAGUCCUUAACCAAACGCACGAGUGGUCGAUAUGAGUCCGGCCUUUUGUGGCGAUACGACAACGUGAGGCUUCCAGACAGCGAGCAAAUGGCGCUAAGGCGCUGGGAAUGCCUCGAUAGACGAAUGUUCAAGGAUCACGAGUUAUCUCGAGCAUUGACCUCCAAGAUGAACGACUACAUAGCUCAAGGAUAUAUAAGGAAACUCACUGCCGAGGAGUUGGGUACAGCUCACAGCCGAAUCUGGUACCUUCCGAUGUUUCCGAUAGUGAACCCUAACAAACCCGGCAAAAUACGACUCGUGUGGGACGCGGCUGCAACUUCCUACGGCGUUUCAUUGAAUUCCGUACUCCUCAAAGGACCUGAUCAAUUGACGUCCCUCAUGUCGGUCCUAAUUCGGUUCCGGGAGUUUCGUGUCGCGGUUUCCGGAGACAUACGGGAGAUGUAUCAUCAAGUCCAGAUGAUCCCUGCGGACCAGCACUGUCAACGCUUUCUAUGGAAAGAGAAGAGGACAGAUAUAACUCCCAGUACGUACGUUCUGCAAGUGAUGUCGUUCGGAGCAUCUUGCUCUCCAAGUACCGCCCAAUUCGUUAAGAACACCCAUGCAGCUCAAUUCGAACAGGAUUAUCCGGAGGCUGUCCACGCUAUUGUUCACCAGCACUAUGUGGACGAUAUGCUGAUCAGUGCAGAGACGAAGGAGAAAGCAGUACAACUGGCGACUGAUGUAAAGAUGAUUCAUGGAUCCGGGAGCUUCGAAAUGCGAAACUGGAUCUCGAACUCCCCGGCGGUCGUUGCUGCGCUAGACUCAGAGGAAAUCAAGGAGAAGAGCAUGGGCAUCGGAGAACCAGGCACCACCGAGAAAAUUCUUGGGAUGUGGUGGGACACUACUGCGGACUGUUUUACGUACAAGCUAUCUACCCGUCACGAUCCCGCGUUAUUGUCCGGGAAGAAAAGACCGACGAAGCGUGAGGUUCUACGAACACUAAUGAUGGUUUUCGACCCACUCGGUUUGAUAAGCCACUUUAUGAUGUUUCUCCGAAUUCUUUUGCAAGAGAUUUGGAGAUCAUCCAUCGACUGGGACGAGCAGAUCAAUGAUUCUCAUUUCGAAAAAUGGCUGACGUGGCUGCGGAUCCUCCCCCAGGUGUCCGAUAUCAAGAUACCUCGCUGUUACAGGACCAAUACAUCGGCCGAUGAUAGCAACGAAGUGGAAAUGCACACAUUUGUAGACGCAAGCGAGAAUGGAUUUGCGGCUGUUGUCUACCUACGCUUCAGAGAAGGCAACACAGUGGAAUGCGCUCUAGUGGCAGCAAAAACUAGGGUUGCACCGCUGAAAUUCCUGUCCAUACCCCGCUCCGAACUACAAGCAGCUGUCAUCGGGGUGCGACUGGCGGACACGAUUCUAGAAUCCCUCACGAUUAAGGUACGAAAACGCCAUUUCUGGACAGACUCGAGGGAUGUCAUAUGCUGGAUUCAUUCGGAUCACCGACGGUACAGUCAAUACGUGGGAGUGCGUAUAAGCGAAAUCUUAGAAUCCACAAAUGUGCGAGAGUGGCAAUGGGUCCCAACGAAACUAAAUGUGGCAGACGAGGGAACAAAGUGGAAAGGCACUCCUGACCUCAGUAACACUAGCCGUUGGUUUCGUGGGCUCGAUAUACUCUGGAAACCGAAAGAAGAGUGGCCAGCCAAAUUGCAACCUGUUGGCGUUACCGACACGGAACUCCGCCCGCACAUGCAGUUUCAUCUUAAGGGUCUCGAACCAAUAAUCGAUACGAACAGAUUUAGCCAGUGGUCUAUUCUUCUAAAGACUACAGCAUAUGUUUUCAGAGCCAUCAGGAACUUCCAGAGGUCCACUCGGAAGACACCAAAGGCCAAUGGACCACUUACACAUGUCGAAUUAGUCAAGGCCGAAUGCUACCUGUACAAGAUAGCGCAGAGAAGUGCAUAUGCCGGAGAGAUUUCAACAACGUCUGCAAAUCUACCAGAGCAGUCAAGAAACAAAAUUCGGAAGGGAAAUCCUCUAUUCGGUCUCCAUCUGUUCAUAGACGGAAACGGUGUCCUGAGAAAUCGCGGACGAACAAACGCUUGCCAGUUCAUCAAUAGCAGCGCAGCUAAUCCCAUCGUCCUCCCUCAAAAACACAGCGUAACCAGACUUCUAAUUAUGGACUUUCAUAAGAAGUUUCUCCAUCAAAACCAUGAGACUACAAUAAAUGAGAUCAAGCAGCGCUACUACAUACCCCGCUUGAAAGUCGCCUACAAAUCAGUACGCAACAGCUGCCAGUUCUGCAAAAACGAACGUGCUCGCCCGCAGCCGCCACUGAUGAGCGACUUGCCAUCUCCACGCCUUGCGGCUUACAGCCGCCCCUUCAGCCACAUGGGAGUGGACUACUUCGGUCCAAUGACAGUACGUGUCGGCCGCCGAACGGAAAAACGUUGGGGUGUCUUGGUCACUUGCCUCACGAUACGUGCCAUUCAUUUGGAGGUCGCACACUCGCUCACAGCAGACUCUUGCAUUAUGGCUCUACGCAGCGUAAUCGCUAGGAGGGGUAUUCCGAUUGCCAUAUAUAGUGACCGCGGCACGAAUUUCGUGGGAGCCAACAAAGAAUUAACAACAGCUCUCAAUGGACUGGAUCAUGAGAAGAUCGUGUCAGAACUUACCACACCGUUCACUACGUGGAGUUUCUUCCCUCCUAUUUCUCCUCAUAUGGGAGGAGCGUGGGAGAGGUUAAUCCGUACAGUCAAGCAAAAUCUGAACAAGCUACUCCCGGAUCGUGUGCCAACUGAUGAAAUGCUAAGGAGUACACUCAUAGAGGUAGAAUACAUCGUCAACUCGAGACCUCUGACCGACAUCCCCCUUGAUAAUGACGAAUCGCCGGUGCCAACCCCUAACCAUUUCAUCAUUGGAACAUCCAACGGGCUACCUCCGUGGACCUGUUUCGAUGAUAACCCUGCCACAUUGAAACAGAACUGGCGUCUGUCCCAAAUCAUGGCAAACCAGUUCUGGCGCCAAUGGCUUCACGAUUACCUCCCGACGUUGACACGGAGAGCAAAAUGGUUCACAAAAGUGAAACCGAUUGAGAUCAACGACAUCGUGGUGAUCGUCGACUCGAGAUUCCCCCGCAAUCGCUGGCCAAAAGGCCGAGUGAUUGCCACCAAGGUAGCACCAGACGGUCAAGUCAGAUGGGCCACGGUACAAACUAUACAUGGAAUAUACGAGCGACCUGCCGUAAAGCUCGCCGUGUUAGACGUUGGCGUAGGAAGAAAUGCCACUCAGUUAGACCUUCGAGGCAUUGAAGGGGGGAGUGUUAGCGACGCAACGUCUACCAGCAAGCUAAUGUCUGUGUCACCCUGCAUACCCCUGGAUGAAGCGACCGAGGUGAGCGUUGGCUGCACCCAUGGAUCGACGAAGGGAUCGGCAGCCUAA